AUUGUGAUCAAAGAGUCACUACGUUCUAUUGUGAUUUUAUCACGGCAUCGCCUUGUUUAUAAACCACAUAUACAGAUUAAAUUCUCAACUGUAGUGUGACAAAUAGGGCCCGGCCGUAUGUUACGAAUUUAUCGUUUCAACGUAACUUUCAUACUAUAGAACUUUUAGAUUAGUUCGUGUAAGUAGCUAAAAUCUGUGAUAGUGAUUCUAUAAACUUGGAUUCAAGCAGCAUACUUAUUGAGUAAAAUGGAUGAUAAAGAAGCGAAAAAGGAGGAAAAGAAACCUAUUGUAGUAAAAAAUGCUACCGACCUGCAGAGGCUGAAGUUGGAAAAACUCAUGAAGAACCCUGAGAAACCAGUAGUCAUACCAGAACCACCAAAGCAGAAGACCCUAGCAGCACCUCCAGACUUUGUCCGCAAUGUGAUGGGCUCCAGUGCAGGUGCGGGUUCAGGAGAGUUCCAUGUUUACCGCCACUUGAGAAGGAAAGAAUAUGCAAGACAAAAGUUUAUUCAGGAAAAAAGUGAAAAAGAAAAACUAGAUGAGGAGUAUCAUAAGAAGAUAGAAGAAAACAGGAAAGCAGCUGAGCAAAAAACUGCCAAAAAAAGAGCCAAAAGGUUGAAACAAAAAAUGAAGGCAAAACUUAAGGGUAAAAAGCCUAAAACAAAUAAUACUGGUAAUAAUUCCUCCCAAUCUGAUAGUGAUAGCAACAGUGAGGAUGAAGCAAAUGAAAAUGAGGAGGGCGAAAAUAAAGACUCAAGUGAAAACAAAAAAGAAGAAACUGUGAAGCAAUAAAUAAAUAAAUAUUAUGCUACAUUAAUUACACAAAUUGACUAAGCCCCACAGUAAGAUCAAGAAGGCUUGUGUUGAGGGUACUUAGACAACGAUAUAUAUAAUAUGUAAAUAUUUAUAAAUAGUUAAAUACAUAGAAAACACCCAUGACUCAGGAACAAAUAUCCAUGCUCAUCACACAAAUAAAUGCCCUUACCAGGAUUUGAACCCGGGACCAUCAGCUUCGUAGGCAGGGUCACUACCCACUAGGCCAAACUGGUCGUCAAAUAGUGUGUGUCCACAUACAUUAAAAUAAUUGUAAUAUUAAGUACAAACCCACUAAAAAUAAAAAAAAUGAUUGAAUUAAUUUGUUACAUCCUUAAACUUAGAAUUUUACAACUGGAGUCGCCUUUAAGAGCUUACCCCUCUGUCAAAAACCUUGGCCAAUGGUAUGUUACAUACAAAUAGCCAUACAUUGGACAUGUCCCUCACAUGCAAAAAUUGGCAGUCUGUACAGACAAGGCGACUCCGGCUGUUAAAUUCUGUAAGUCCUUACAUUCAAAAUAGUAUAUAAUAUAUAAUAGAAUGAAUCCAGAAAAAGUUUAUUAACCAUUUAAAUUACAAAUUUAAUAAUUCAUUUACUUCUUAUUCUGACGGCUGCCAUGAAUACAAUCUUCUUACACUUGAAAAUAGAUGCAAGUUGGCAGACAUGAACCUCCUUUUUGAUAUCGUUCGAAAACCAUCUUGAUUGCCCUGAGCUACUGUGUGGCAUAUUAUUUCGGGUUCCUAAACAUCGCACCAGGUAUACCACCCUCUUUCAAGUCUCACUACACUCCACUAACUACGGCGCAAAUGCCGUACUAUCUCGCAUUCACCAUCUUUACAAUCAGGGAUUUGAGUCAACGAAUCCUUUUAAUAUGGCCCUAAAAAUAAGUUUAAAAAUGACGUAUUAGAUAUAUUACUUAACAAAAAAGUUGAAUAUAAUAAUUUUUUAGUGUUUUAAUAGGUUUACUGUAGGAGUACUGCAUCAUUGGCAUCUUGGCUUAAAACAUAUUUUGGUAUUUGAUGCAAGGGAUGGUCCCUAACCAAGCACAUUACAUAAAAUGUAGUAAGUAUUACAGUUAAGAUCUUUGGGUAAAAGCGUGAUCACUUAAAUUAUUUACAAGUGCAAUAUGUAUAAAUUAAAACAACUAUUAACGUUAAUACACACCUAAUACUUUAAUGUGUCCAUACCUCUAACAUCAAUUUUCAUGUUGAUUGUUACUGUGGGCUUGCACAGUUUCACUUUAAAUAUUACUUACUUUGUUUUACUAAUAAUAUAUCUGUAUAUUAUCUUGCAACCAACGGAUAACUGUUAUUGGCCUUGUACAGUCUCAUUACUGUACAUGCUUACGUUGCGAUAAACUAUAGCGUAAGCCCUACGUGAUGCAUACGUCAUGUGACAUUAAGAAAAUAGAAAAUAGAUUAAUUAACGCACAAUAGAAAUGUCAAGGGUAUGAAUCAUCUAAGAAAUUAUAAUUAUAUUUAAUAUUGUUAAAUGUCACCUAAAUGCCAUGCACGUAGACAGCCACUAUAUAAACCCUGGUUUUCCUCAAUAAAUCGUUCAGUAACCAUCCAA